AUGUUGUCCAUGCUGCUCAGGCUGUUUUGUAGGGACAAUAAAAUACAACCAGAGACCAGACCUAGGCAGAAGGCAUUCUGUAAAGCAGCAAGAAGGAGAUGGCCCUGGGGAAGACACAGGUCUGUUGGGAAAGAGUCCUCCCAAGCCUACACCAUCAGUGAGCAGGAGCAGAGAAUGAAGAGGUUGGAGAAGCUCAAAAGGGACCUUGAAAGAAUGAAGAACGAGAGAGAUGAACUCCGGGGAAUCCUGGCACAUUAUAUUAACAAGGAUUUGAACAAGAGGUUCAACUUUGAGACCACGAUGCUGGAGAUGCAACACGACCAGGUGAUGAGCGAGCUUAAAAACAUUCCACAGCAGAUCAGUGAGGCCUUGUAUAUGUGCCAGGAGUUGACUAAAAAUAAUCAACUUUACAGCAUCAGGAACUGUCACCUCCUGACUGAGUCUCUUCAUAUGAAGAGUGAAGUAAAAAUGCUCUGGAAUGAAAACAGGCAGCUGCUUAAGGAGCAGAUUACACUGGACAUGUGUUCUAAGGAAACAAGGAGGCUAUGUGUGGAGGCCAGCAUGAAGAUCUAUGACAAAUUUUCCAAGCAUAUCCAAACCACUUUAGAUUACUGGAAGAACAUGGUGAAGACUCCCUCUGCCCUUUCCCCAGUUCUUCCUCAGUGCAAAGUCUCAGCAGGGCUUUCCAUCAAGAAACAGAGGCUGCAAGAGUCUGACAACAAGGUGUCAGCCCAGGGUAACAUAAUCAUCAAAGACCUUUUACACUCUGAUGAAAGUCCAAAAUAUUCCACCAGAAGCUCAAAUAGGGCCCAGUACAGGUCAAGAUCUCCCUCAGACACAACUCUUCACCAGGAGCACUGA